ACUCAGAAUCUUCUCAUUGUAAGUCACAUCUCCUGUCACCAUGUCCUACAACUGCUGCUCUGGAAACUUCUCCCGCUCUCUUGGGGGCUACCUGCAGCACCCAGGCAUCUCUUGUGGCUCUUCCUACCCCAGCAACCUGGUCUACAGCACUGAUCUCUGCUCUCCCAGCACCUGCCAGCUGGGCUCCUCUCUCUACAGUGGCUGUCAGGAGACCUGCUGCGAGCCCACCAGAUACCAGACGUCUUUUGUGGUGUCCAGCCCCUGCCAGAGGUCCUGCUGCCGCCCAAGGACCUCCACAUUCUGCAGUCCCUGCCAGACUUACUCUGGGUCUCUGGGCUUUGGCUCCAGUGGUUUCCAUUCAGUGGGUUGUGGUCCCAGUGCUUUCUCAUCCCUAAGUUAUAGACCCAGCUCUUACCAUCCAACCUACUUCUCUUCUAGAAGCUGCCAGUCUGCUUUCCAACCAGCCUGUGGAUUUGGCUUCUACUAAACACAGUACCUAAUCUAUCUAGAAAUUUUAACAUAAUACCUACUAUAUCAAGAUCCAUGCUGCCUAUUGAUCUGUUGUCCUACCAUUAGCUUACAAAUUUGAGUUCUGCUGUUAUCUGCUAUGGAUUAGGAAUAAUUUGAAUUCCAGUAACUAGAAAAUGUAUUCAUUGAAGAAAGAUGCCAAAACUGCUUCCUUGUAGUGACAGACAUGCAAUAUUGAAGUAUAUUUCUUUAUUCCUGUAUCUUCUAUUUAUUUCCCCUAGUACAUUUGUUUCUAAUUUCACAGUGUGGAAAAAUGUUGUAAGUUUAUAUAGAAAUAAGUUGUAUGACGUCUAUGUAUUUGCUUAAGAUUAUUUGUUCACUCUGUGUCUUCAAAAAUACUUCUAAAUAUCUGACUGGCUAUUUCUGUAUCUUGUAUUUA